AUGCUCAAAGCGCUGUGGCUGGCUGGCCUGGCCACUGCCUCAAUCACCAUCCAAGUCCACCGUGUCGACCCAUUGCCCUUCAGCACGUCAGGUAGCGCUACAUCAGCGGCUGAUCUAUUCUCGCGGAGCUGUCCAGAAGAAGCCGAAAACACAGCCUCGCUACUCGCAUCAUCGUUUGAUGACCUUUCAGGUAGAAAUGUAUUCCCCUCGUCUGAUGGGUUUGUGAGGGGUGCUGUCGAGGCGUGGGCUAAGCACGAGCAUCUCAUCCUACGCCCUGACGAGGUCUGGUUUGAAGUUCUGGCGCAGAUGAAUGUCUAUAUGAGUACCCAUUCUGAGGCUCUCCGGCAUUUAUUCGUUGACCACUCUGGGCGCGAAAAGAUUACAGUGGAGGGGUUUUCGUGGGACGAUAUCAUCGGUGCGUUUAGGGUGGAGAUCCAGAGCAGGGUAAAGACGGGGUGGUUGCUGGAUUGGAUAAAACCUGGUUUUAGCACGUCGACUGCAGAGGAUGACGUUACGGCUACGGUGUUGAUGAUGGGGUUGAUGCAGCAUUUCUUUGAGUACGAGGGCAUGAUGGUAUGUGGAAUACCGAGCGUCACGUUACUGGGGGAAAGGGAGGAUUGGGUUAAGCUGGGGGACAAGGUUGAGAUGUUGAAGGAGUUUGGGGAUGAGGCGGUGGGGUUUGCGGCGAGGUUGAGGCCGAUUAUGAAGAGGUUUGUUAGUAGCUGGGAUGUUGAAGGUGAGGGUGAGGGUGAGGGUGAGGGUGAGGGUGAGGGUGAGGGCGAGGGUGAUGGGGAGAGGAGGUUGUUCUGGGAGCAGAUUGUUAGGGCGAAGAAGAAGUGGUCUUGUGGUGAGGGGCCGAGUGAGUGGGAUGUUUCCGGCUGGAUUACAGGAUUUAUGCAUUGGGAUCGAGAUGGAAAGGUUAGGGGGGUUUAUGAGGAUUGGUACGAUAACUGGGAUGACGAGGAAGAAGAAGUGGGAGAGAAGAUCAAAGAGGUCAAGGGAGAGGAGGUCAAGGUUGCAGAGGAGGUCCAUAUGGGCAUCUUCCCCAACGACUGGUCCAUCACAAUCGACGGACAGAGCUACAUCCCCUGCACCCUCUCCGACAUGAGCAUCGGCUACGCCAAAGCACCCCUGACCAUGAAGAACUACCCCUCGCCGGGCGUCGACACACAAGCCUAUCUCGUAGCAGGCAAUGUCGGCGUUGAGAAGAGGAACACGCCCGGAGGAGUCAUGGCGCAGCCUGUGAGUGGGUGGUUUGUGUAUGCGGGUGUUGAUGCGGCUUAUAUCGCUGGGCCGUGGAUUGGCAGCGGUGAGGAGUUGGGAGGGAUCGCGGGGGGGAUAGUGAGCUGUAAGGCUGCUUUGGAGGAGAGUGGUGAGGAGGAGAAGAAAGGGGAGGAGGAGCGGGAAGUAAAGGAUUUGUAA